UUAUAGAAAAACCCACACGUGUUACGAAAUCCUCUAAAACAUUGAUAGACCAUCUUAUUACUAACUUCCCACAAAGGAUUGCUGACACUGGCAUUAUUCCCUGCUCAAUUGUCAGCGAUCAUGAUGGCAUUUACGCAAGUAUUAAUGUACGAGUCCCCAGGUUUGAAGCACGACAUAAAUAUAUACGGGAUAUUAAGUCUCUAAAUGAAAGUUUAUUUAUUGAGGAUUUCUCCACUUUACCUUUGUCUGUCAUAGCUUAUUCUGAUGACCCAGACGAACAACUAGAAUCCCUGAACUCCCUGUUCUUUGAGUGUUUAGAAAGGCAUGCACCCUUGAGAAGAGUCCGAGUGACGCGUCCCCCGGCUCCAUGGAUGAAGUCUGCCAAUAUCCAAACUCUUCAAAAAGAAAGAGAUCAUUUAAGACAUAAAGCUCAUCAAAGCGACGCUGAUAACGGUGUAUGGACCGCUUUUCGACUUGUUAGAAACAACUUAAAGUCUGCAAUAAGAUCAGCAUGGAAGGCAUUCAUCGAAAAAGCGCAGCUGUCUUCUAACAAAUCACGCGAUAUAUGGAGAGUUAUCCACAGGAUUCUGAAGCCAAAUCCGAAGCCUCUUCGCGUAGACCCUGACGAACUAAAUACCCAUUUUUCCACCACGGCAGAGAGAACACUCGAGGCCUCUGUUGUGUCUUUAAGUGAUCUGACAAGUCUGACAGACAAUCUGCCUGCACAGAGUUCUAAUGGCGAUCAAUUUAAUCUGAAACCUGUCACCCAAGAGGAUGUCUUCAAAUGUAUACGUGCAUUACGCUCAGAUUGUUCCACUGGUGUUGAUAAUAUUCCAGCCAGAUUCGUCAAGUUGGUCGCUGAACAUCUUGCCUGUCUUGUAACUAGCAUAACAAACAAAUGCAUCAGCAACGCAUAUUUCCCAAAGCUGUGGAAAAUAGCCAGAGUCUCUCCAAUUCCUAAAGUAGAAAACCCAACAUCCAAUGACCAGCUACGACCAAUCUCAAUACUCCCAGUGUUAUUAAAGGUGUUUGAGAAAUUGGUUGCUGGACAAAUGUCAGAAUUCGCAGAGAGAGCUGCGCUGCUACCUGAUCGCAUUUCAGGUUUCCGAAAGGGACAUUCGACAACAAGCGUCCUUUUGGGGAUACGAGACGAUAUCCGUCAUGCUAUGAAAAAAGGGGAAAUUACCUUGAUGGUCCUAGCAGACUUUAGCAAAGCAUUUGACACUAUUUGUUUUAAAAGCACCAUUGAAAAGUUUUAUAAGUUGGGCUUCUCAAAGACCUUCCUGAAGUGGUGGCUGAGCUAUUUAUCUGGUCGUUCCCAGUUUGUGCAGAUAGACGAUAAAUCUUCUUCUCGUAAACCAAUACAUUUUGGAAUUCCUCAAGGAUCGAUCCUGGGGCCAUUGAUUUUUAACCUCUACGUUGCUGACUUGAAUGACGUCAUUUCUUCUCAUACCAACUGUUAUCAGUAUGCAGACGAUACAACCUUGUAUAAUCAUUGCAAAGUGGCAGACCUCACGACUGGGGAAACGAGCAUGAAUAAAACCCUCACUAAACUUAGCAAUUGGUCACAAGGAUCGAAUCUGGCACUUAAUCCAACCAAGACAAAAU